AUGCUUAUAUAUGAACAUUCUCCCUUUGAAGUUAUCAUUAUGCAUUACAAUAUCAGUGUAAUGCAAUGCAACUUUAAGAUAUAUGAAUAUGCAUAAAUUACUGUCAUAUGAUGUAGUAAUUGUGAAUCACUAUAGUAUAAUAUAAUAUACUUUAAAAUAGUCAACCUAUAAAAUAAAUAAUAACAGUUGGAGUGUAAUUAAUUUAUAAAAAAAACAACCAUCUGUGGUUAAAUUUGUUCUUGCCUUUGUAGUUGUUCUUAUACUAUACUAUAAUAAUAUACAUUGUUAUUUAUCAAUUAAGUGAAAAUAAAAACAAACUAUUCAAAGUGAGAGAAUUGCAGCAAAACUUGUCUGCCUCAUAAAAAAUACUUGCAAUCUUAUGUAUAAAACACCUCAUCCAAAAGUAUGUCUCAAAGUCAGGAUUUCACAUCAGAGAAAUUAGUUGCAAAUGAAUCAGAGAUCCAGUUGUCAAUGCAUGUUUUGGAUUCAGUCUCUACGGAUGAACAGUAUUCAAAAGUAUGCAAUUAUGCGCCUGAAAUGCCUCCUGAUGCCUCAUCAUUUCCAAAUCCAUUUGAAAAUUCUUUAGAUCAUAUAGCAACAUGUAAACCUCUUCCUGUUAUCUUACAACCUGAUGAACAAUCUAUACAAAUAUCAACUGAAAUCUCUUCCUCGCAUUACACUAAUGAUAAUGGCAACACACUAACCCAACUUAUUGAAUCCUCCUCCUCUAUCAACACGGAGAAAAGGUCAAUUGAAGUUAAUACUAAACAAGAGCCUUCUAAUGAAUUCAAUAUGCAAGAAUUAGUUGAUAAUUUGAAUUCACCGAUAGAAAUGAAUAAAAAUUCUUAUGUUGUCUACUCCUCACCGUCGCCUGAUUCGCAUAAUAAAUUAUCUGAUAAAUCAUAUAGUGUUAAUACAACAACUAACCUGGAUGAAUCAGAAAAUUCUAUUUAUCAUAUAAAAUGGAUUAAAUUUAAUAAUCAAACACGUGCUAUUAUAACACAGAAUCAAAAUGGUCCAUGUCCAAUGAUUGCUAUAGCUAAUGUACUUUUGUUACGUGGAACAAUUGACUUACCAAAAGAUAGUGAAUUAAUUAGCGGAAAUCGUUUAUUGGCUAUACUUAGUGAAUUACUUUUAUCAAAAACACCUAAUGAUCUUGAUGAUGGUCAGCUGAUUAACUAUGAAUCGAAUUUCUACGAUGCACUUUGUCUCUUUCCUAAUUUACAGACAGGUCUGGAUGUAAAUAUUAGAUUUACAGGUGUUUCAGAUUUCGAGUAUACUUCAACGUUAAGCUUAUUUGAUUUGUUCAACAUACACAUAUAUCAUGGUUGGCUUGUGGAUCCUGAUGAACAUGAUUUAGCUGUAACCGUUGGCAAAAGAACUUAUAAUCAGUUAACUGAAGAACUACUUCGACUUAGAUCAUCUGAUAAUUCUGAAGAUUUGUACAGAAGUACAUUGGUUGAGUGGUUUUUAAAUCAAAGUGGUUCACAGUUGACCUUUCAUGGUUUAAGUCAACUGGUUUCAACUCUACGUGAUGAAGAAUUGGCUGUAUUUUUUCGAAAUAAUCAUUUCAGUACUAUAUUAAAGCAUAAGGAUUCUAUAUUCAUGUUAGUAACAGAUAUGGGUCUUUUGAAUGAACCAAAAAUAGUAUGGGAAUUAUUAAAUGAUUUAGACGGUGAUACACAAUUUGUUGAUUGCUGUUUUCAACUCUUCUGUCCAUCAACCCCAAGUCCAGAUGAGGAGACUGGUACUGAUGCUGUUCGGAUUAUUACAAUUAGAUCGGAUAAAAAUAACCCCAAGUAUAAUAAUAAUAACAAUAAAGAUGAUUUUGUUGAUAAACAACAAUACUAUCCUGAUUCGUUAACAUCACGUCAUACCAACUUAUCUGAUAGUAAUAAUACAUCAUUGGACUAUGAGCUAUGCAAAAUGUUACAAGAAGAGGAGAUUAAAGCGUCAAAUCAAAAUCCUGAGAAAUUUUGGAAAUUAUACAAAUAA